AUGCAGCUUUUCGUCAAGUCUCUUGCGGGUAACACCCUCGCCCUCGAUGUCACCUCCUCCACCUCGGUCGAGAGUGUCAAGGCCAUGAUUGCCGCUCGUGAAGGUAUCGAUGCUGGUUUCCAGUGCCUUUCCUUCGCCGGUAAGUCCCUUCAGGAUUCCCAGGCUCUCGAGCUCUACGGUGUUCAGGACAACUCUACUCUUCACCUCAACUGCGAAUUGUUGGGUGGUGCCAAGAAGAGAAAGAAGAAGACCUACACUACUCCUAAGAAGAUCAAGCACAAGAGAAAGAAGGUUAAGAUGGCCAUCCUCAAGUUCUACAAGGUUGACCAGUCUGGCAAGAUCACCCGUCUCCGUCGUGAGUGCCCCAGCGCCACCUGCGGUGCUGGUGUCUUCAUGGCCUGGCACACUGACCGUCAGUACUGCGGAAAGUGCCACUUGACUUACGUCUUCCAGAAGGCAUGA